AUGCCUCUUCAACUCAGCGUGAAGAAAACAGAGGGCGGGAAGCCAGGCAAGGUUUAUUACCCCCUAGAACUCAAGGAGGUGCCCAUGCCAAGCCCUGGCCCCAACCAGCUUCUGAUCCGGUACCAUGCGGUGGCACUGAACCAUCGAGACCUCUUUAUCCGCCAACACUUGUAUCCGGGCAUAUCCUUCGACGCCCCCAUGCUGGCGGAUGGCUACGCCACUGUGGUCUCGGGGCCCUCCCACCUGGUCGGCAAGGCCGUACUGCCCACACCGUCCCGCGGCUGGCGCGCCGACCCGGACGGCCCAGAGGAGCUCUUCAAGUUCGCCGUCUGCGGCAGCGCCAUCACGUAUGAGGAUGCCGGCACCGCCCGCGAGUACGCCGUCAUCGAUGCCGACGAGGUUGAGCUCGCGCCGGAGCAUCUGAGCCCCACCGAGGGCGCUGCAUUGCCGCUCGUCGGGCUCACCGCCUGGCGCGCCGUCGUGGUCAAGGCCGGCAUCUCGCCGACCGUGAACCCGCUGGAGCCGCGCAGGAACGUCCUCGUCACUGGGAUCGGCGGCGGAGUCGCCCUGGCGGCGCUCCAGUUCGCCGUGGCCAUGAACUGCCGCGUGUGGGUGACGAGCGGGACCGCGCAUAAGAUUGAGCGUGCGAAGCAGCUUGGGGCUGAGGGCGGCGUAAACUAUCGCGAUGCUGAUUGGGACAAGCAGCUCGCUCAGAUGCUGCCCAAAGUCAGGCCGUUCCUUGAUGCCAUCAUUGACGGGGCAGGGGGCGACAUCGUCAAGCGGUCGUUGCGGGUGCUCAAAGCCGGUGGAAUCAUUUCAAGUUACGGCAUGACCACUGGCCCCAAGAUGGACUGGGUAAUGCAGGCUGUGCUCAAGCACAUCGAGAUACGCGGUACGACCAUGGGAAGCCGCAAGGACUAUCGUAACAUGAUUGAGUUUGUUCGCAAACAGGAGAUCAAGCCUGUUGUGAGCCGUGUCGUGAAGGGGCUGGAUAACCUUGAAGGCAUAGAAGGCCUUUUUGAUGAUCUGAAAGCCGGCAAGCAAUUUGGGAAACUCGUUAUAGAAAUCCCUUCCCAGGAUAUGAACAGCAAGGCUUCCAGGCUUUAA